CGUUUAAAAGCAGUUUUUUGAUUUUUGCUCCGAAGAAGAAGCAUUUCAAAAAUCAAUUCAAAACAAAAAAUACAUUUACUUGAAAAUUACUUUCAGUAUAUAAGGCUAAAACUAAUAAAAAUAAAAUAAUAAUUAAAAUAAAUAAUUUAAUCAAGUACAUAAAAAGAUGUCUCAUGAUACUAUCAAAAAGGUCCAAGAUUAUAAAGACAGUUUAAUCAAAAAAGCUGAACAAUUGAUUACGUAUGGAUUCCCGGAAAAAAUAGUUGAAUUAAAUGAUCUAUUGGCAACUCCAAUGUUUUCUGAUAGAAAUUUUAGCGAAGUUCACCAAGAAUUAAACAUUCCUGUUCCUGACCCAAUAGUACUUACAAAUCACUGUGGUAAUAAUGACGGGGCUGGUUGCAGCUCGGAUGAACCAUCAUUAAAACGACCUAGAUUAGAUAAUGAAACAGCGCAUUUUAUACCGGGAACAAAAGUAAUGGCGUUACCUAAUGGUAGUGUACCAUGUAAUCAACCAUUAUGCGAUAUGAUUAAAUUGGUCAAACCAAUUAUAAGGACAUUAGUUGAAGAUUCAAAUCUUCUUAAAAUGUGGAUAUCGUUUAUGAUACCGAAAAUUGAAGAUGGUAAUAAUUUUGGAGUAUCAAUUCAAGAAGAUACAUUAGCUGAAAUUCAGGCUGUUGAGUCUGAGGCUGCUGCUUUCUUUGAUCAGAUUUCACGUUAUUUUCUAUCGCGGGCAAAAGUUGUGUCAAAAGUAGCAAAAUAUCCCCAUAUAGAUGAUUAUCGUCGUGCCGUUAAUGAAUUGGAUGAAAAGGAAUAUUUAAGUUUAUGGUUAGUUGUGUGUGAAGUAAGAAAUCGAUAUUCAUCGCUACAUGACAUUGUCAUUAAAAAUAUUGAAAAACUUAAAAAGCCAAGAUCAUCAAAUGCUGAAAGUUUGUAUUAAAACCAUAAACCAUAAAUAAAUAUACCUACCUAUAUAUAAAAAAAAAUUUAAACCAGAAAAAUUUAAUAUCUAUAUUUUUUAUUACAAAUAAACUUAAAUUAUCGGUAAAUAAAUAUCCGUUGUCCCCAUCAAAGAUUUUCAAACGUAAAAUUAUCAGAAAAAAAAAAUUGAAUUAAAUUUAUUUGCGAAGAAACUUUUCAAAUUUAAUUUCGCAGAAUUAUAUAAAAGUUUAUAUUGCGACAAUUUUAAUUCAAAUUUGAAAAAUAAAAUUUGAUUGCCAAUUAAGUGUCGAUUGUUAACAGCCGUAGUCAAUUGAAAACUUAUUAAUUCGGAGGUUUUAUCAUUUUGAAAUUUAAAUUUUCUUAAUUUUUUUCAUUUAAAUGUUCCUCUCGUCAUUAAAUAUAAUAUUAAAUUCCUGAUUUUGAUUCGAUUAAUGUUAAUAUUUAAGUUAAUUUUAUAAAAUGUAUGUUUGAAUAAGAGGCAUUAAUUUGUAAGACGUACAAAUAUAUUAAAAUAUUGUAAAAAUUGGAAAAUUCUUUGGAGCUCCUAUAAAACAUUUAAAACCGAAUUCACAAAAUAAGAUGAAAUUUUUAAAAAUCUUCUUUUCUUUAAGGUACCUACAUUUCUUUUCCAAAAUUUAUAUUUUAAGUUAUUAUAAUAUGAGCUUUAAUAGCAGAAGAUAUAGAAGUAAAUAUAAAAAGUUAUGUAUAUGAAAACAUGAGAUGUAAAUUGUAUUAUAAACUUACAA